AUGGACACACCAAACAGAAUCUUCAAAUGAACCGUAAUUUCUAGUCAGACAAUAUUACUUGACGGAGAAGUCGAAGAUUUUCCAUUACUUUGCAGGCUUGAUUUGCCUAAUCAAGACGUCAUAAAAGUCGAUUCCGAAAGGACAAGAAUGCGGCUUAUUAAUAAACAAGAAAAAGAUUAAGAUUAAGAUUAAGGUUACGCUGGGUAUUUAAGGUCCCUACUACGUCCGAGGUCGCAUGCCACGGUUUCCCGUGUGGUGGCAGAGCGUUCACCAAGCCCGGGCCGAAACCCCCGGUUUCUCGGUAGAGGCAUUGUCAAGGGCCGUCUCAUACCGGCUUUGCUGACCACCUCCAUUUCCAACUUGGAUCGUCGCCUAAGUUUACGCCAACUCCGCUUCGUCGUCCGCCAGAUCUGCCCAUUGAAGGGCACCUUUUCAACUGGAGAGACCCCCGUUUUGGUGUCUAACUCGCCUCCCCUCUUUUCCGGUCAUCCCGAGAAAGAACUCAACAGCUUUCGCCAUUCGGGCGAGCCACUAAAGCAGCUUAGGCAGGUAAUUCACCCUGCCUCAUUUCGGGCACUCACUGGGCUGAGCGCUGCUGGCAAAAAGAAGUCACGAAUAACUGCCCAUGGGUCUGGUCGCAAAAACAGCGGCUCUCGCGCUUAGGCCUCUCGCUUCGAGGGUCCCAGACGUUGUUGGGCUAAUUCCUGGCUCCAAAAAACCAUGCCCGGAUAUACAUGGGUAACCACCACUGGGAGGGUGGGUCGGUCGCCAUACGCCAUUUUAUGUAUAUAAUAAACAAGAAAAAGAUCUUAUUGAACUUCUGUUGACAUAUUUUUGUAAAGAAACAAAUAUUAACUACAAGCAAGGCAUGAAUGAAGUCUUAGCCCCGUUUUUAUUAUUUUUCAGAGACGGACUAAGCCUAAGUAAGGUGUAUCGGCUUUAUCAUAAUUUUGUCGCAAAAUUUUUGGAAAAUAUGUUUUCCGACGACGAAUUUGUCAUAUUGGAGUCUUAUUUUGUGUUAUUUAAGCUGCUAUUGAGAUAUUAUGACCCAGAGCUUGGACUAUUUUUAGAUGAUAAUAAAAUAGGGCCUGAACUUUAUGCAACUCCUUGGUUUAUUACUCUUUUUGCAAGUAAAAUUGCAGAUGUAGAAGUACUAUAUGAACUAUGGGAGAAGUAUAUGAAUGAGAAUGAUAAGCUAUUUUUCCUUUUUGUCGCCCUUGCUUUGAUGAUAAAAUCUCGAAAUUCAAUAUUAAGAUCUGACCCCUCACUUGUGUGCCAACACUUAACAGAGCUUACAUUUAAAAACCUAGAAGUAAUAGAAUAUGUGCUUGAGCUGUCGAAAAACCUUAAGAAAAAUUUACCUUAUUCUUUAUAUAUUUCUUUAUAUAAACCAAGCAACCUUAGCAUAGACGCAUUUAUAGCCCAGCAAUAUUCAAAAUUUUGUUUAAAACUUAGCCCUAGGGAACUUAUAUUAAAAUGCUACCCAUUAUCCUCAGCUUGCCUUUGUUCAGGUAAAUGCCUUUGGUGCUCAAAAUCUAAAAGUGAAAACCGUUUGUUGAUUUUUGACUGUAGAAAAGCAGAUGAACAAAGGUACGGAGUCAUUCCAAACACGAUAUCUUUGAAUACGCAAUUCUUUUAUGAUAUGGAAAGCUUGAGGGAUUUUCCUGAUAGAUAUUUGCCGUUUAAAGGAAAAGUCCACAUUGUUCUAUUAGGAAACGAAGAUUUGAAAUUUAAAGAAUAUAGAAAUAAGGGUAGCCUAAAAGGAGAGGUAUAUGAUCUAAAAAAUAUCGAGGAAAAUACCGAAGAUAAAUUUAUAUUGAGCUUGUAUAUAGCAUUUUCUGAAAAGAAAUUCCCAUAUGUCAGUGUAGUUGACGGUGGAUUUUAUGCUUGUCAUAAUUUAAUUGUAAAACAAGGCUUGAAACUUAUAAAUCAUGGACCUGACACAUGUAUAUAUUGCAACCCAAAGCUCCAAGAUCUCCCUAAAGAGCCUCCAAACAUAAUAAGCGGCCUAAAAAACGUUUUUUCCAGCGUCAAAAAAUAUUUUAAAAAGCUCGGUUCCGAUAAGAACCCUAAAACUACUCCUGGCCCAUCAACAGUUAUUGUAAAAAAAAAUCUAGAAAAGUGAAAAAGUGACGACAGUGUCUGCUUUUUUAUAUGUAAACAAUACGAAAAUCCUAAAAAUCUUGAAAACGCUGAAAACUGCAUCAUAAUUAUCACGAGAUCCAAAUUUUUGGUAUCAACCCCUUUCAGUGAUAUCUCGUCAAGCUCUGAUAUGGCUGUAGGGAAUAUUAAAGCAAAAGUAAGAGUCAAAGAUUUUAUGAAGGCUGCAAAGAAAAGGAAUUUACAAACAGCGAUUACGUUUUAUUUUAAAGGGAAAAAGCUAAUAACUUUGAGUUUCUUGUUUAAAAGUGCCAUAGAAGCUAAAGCAUGCUUAGUGCAGCUGAGAGCCCAUUUUAAUAGGCUAAGAGAAAUGAGUUUAAUUGCUACAUAA